AUGUCAUUUCAUGCUUUAUGGAAUUCAACUGACUUUUAUGAAAUCUCAAGUGAAAUGAAGUUAAUAAUUGAUAUAGGUAUGGAAAGUACAAAGAGCAAUCAAGAUAUAUGUAUCCAUAUUCAGGAAUUUUUUGUCGAACGAGUUCAAGAAUUUAUUUAUAAACCGAGCAAUACUGAAGUGACUAAUGUAUUGGUGCAGGAUAUUCCAACAUCGAUCGAAAACGAUGACGAUUUCGUCAAAGUUUAUAAGGAUGAGCUACAAAAAAAUGAUAGUGGAAUGUUGCUAGAGCAGAUCGCUGAAGCGAAUAGACAAACAAGUGGCACAUUACAAUUAGCUCUUCCUGAUACUGCUAUUCAGAAAACACUAGAGGAAAAACAAAAAGCAGUAAUAACUGAGUUAUCACCUGAUCAGUUAUCUGUUGUAGUGAUUGCAGCAGAUGACAACUCUCAAGAAAAUCAACAGCAAUUUAUUCUAACAACACCAACAGAAUUGGUUGAAACCGAAAGGACAUGUGCACCAACCGAUAGCAACAAGAUGAACAUAGAUGGAAAGCUUGCAGCCCCUGUCACAACUUCGAUCACAGAACGUCAACCACUUACAGAAGAAGAGUGUAGACGGUUAGUAGAGGCGGAAAUGUACAUACAAGAUGCCAUCGAAUAUGUAGCUAGUGAGAUUCGUCCCGAAGUACCCAGUGGCUUCAUAGUUGAAGAGGAAAUGUUAAACAAUACUGGUGGAAAUGGUAGUGUUAUCGGUGCUCCUACUGUACAACAGCUACCUGCUUCUGCGGAAGCCACGAGUCAGAUGUUCAAGACUAAUGAAAUAUUUGAAAAGGUAGAAGAGCCGGUAGAAAUUGAUGAUGCGAUGACAUAUGCUCCCGAGAUACAGUCCAUUGAAAUCCCACCCGAUGAAGAAAGUGUUAAUAGUGAAAAUUUAUUGGAUUAUUUCGAUCAAGUUGCUGCAGAAUGCACUGAUUUCUCAAUACCACAACCAACGAGAGCUGCUGGAAAUAUACCACUCACAAAACCGGUAGAAACAUCGCAAUCAGCAUCUUUACUAAGAAGCUCAAGGAGUUUUACAUCAAGCGGAAGUCAACCACCACGGAUGAGGAAAAGAAGUUCAUUAUUAAGUGUACUGGGUGUAACAAGUAUGCAAGAAAUGCUGCUAGCUCUAACAUCACUUGAAGACCUGUCAAAUGCUAUGCGUAAAGCUGGUCUACAAUCCACAAAUUUGAUUUUUGGUAUUGACUAUACGGCUAGCAAUAAGUACCAAGGUGAACGGUGCUUUCAAGGCCGAUCUUUGCAUUCCAUAGAUGCUUUUAAAGAAAAUCCUUAUCAACAGGUAAUUAAAAUCAUGGGACGGAUACUAGCACCGUUUGCCACAUCUGGUUUUAUACCAGCUUAUGGUUUUGGAGAUGUGAAAACUAGUGAUUGGUCGGUGUUCAAGCUGAAACCUGAAGGCGAAUGCAAAGACCUCGAUGAAUUGCUGCAGGUAUAUGAUACAGUCACUCCAACAAUAAGUUUAAGUGGUCCAACAAAUUUCGCUCCGCUGAUUUAUGAAGCCAUAGAGAUUUGCGAAAAAGUCCAAAAUUAUCAUAUAUUAGUGAUAGUAGCAGAUGGACAAGUGACGAACGAAAAGGCGACUCGGAAAGCAAUUGUACGAGCAUGUCAAUACCCACUGUCAAUUAUCGUUGUUGGUGUUGGUGAUGGACCUUGGGAUAUGAUGAAGGUAUUUGAUGAAUCUUUACCCAGAAGGCCUUGGGAUAACUUUCACUUUGUUGAAUUUCAUGAAGUGAUGCAAAAAGCUGAUAGUAUCGAUUCUGGUGAACUUUCAUUCGCAGUACAAUCGCUGUUGGAAAUACCGGACCAGUAUAACAUAGUCCGUCAACUGGGAUUACUACGAUCGGUGUCACCAAUACCCGAACAUAGCCCAUAG